AGCUCCGGCUGCAGUCAGACCCCUCACACCUUUUUUUUCACGCAAAAAAAAGCCGCGCGACACUGAACCGAAGCUAUCAACCCCAACCACCCUCGAUUCCCAAACUUCCCAUUCAUGUUCUCUAGAAUCCUGUCAUCCGCAAAGAAUCUUCUUGCCAGUACCAGUCCCCCGGAUUCUCAGGACCAGGAUCAGAAUCAGGACUUAGUGUUUGACGAGGCUGUGGAGAAGGAAGAUAGUAUGUUCUCGCCCGGUUCAUGGCGCGCGGCGCGCGGCACGACUUUUUGGCGGAAGUCGCAAGCUAAUAAAGGGACAGUGGUUGCUACGAGACGAAGUGGGAAGGGGGGUGAGGAAAGUCCGAUUGUGAAGCCGGUUCAUGUGCUGAGGAAGAGGAAGUCGGGUGGCAUUUCGAGGGACGAAGAAGACGAGGUGGUGGAGAUUGAGGAGCCGAAUUUUACCUCUUCUGCUAAGAGGAGGAGAAUUGCGAAGGCGACGCCGAAAAAGAAGAUUGAGAAGGAUUUGGAGAUUAGACCUAAGAGUACGGUUUGUGUGGUUGAGAUACCUGCCAUGUCGCCAGUUCCAGCUACGGAUCUCAGCGCCUCGGAACCGGAAGGAGAAGAUGUGGAGAGCGAGAAGGAGAAGGAGGUCAUAGUUAUCGAGGACGAGGAGAUUACUGAGGAGCCAAAAAUUAUCGAGGAGCCAGAGGUCGCAGUAAAGGUUUCGAUGGAGGAAACCACAGAAGUUACAACUACAGAGCCAAUUUCAGAAACAGAACAACUCCCAGCCCAACUACCCUCCGACCCCGAAACGGCCAAUAAACUACCUUCUCCCAAAAAGACAUUCCCGGUCGAAGAAUCUCAAACCCUCGACCAUCUCCCGCCAUCUAAACCACAACAAGUCCAACAAAAAUCCUCUCUCCCCGCCCUCCUUCCUGACGAUUACCUCAACGAUACACCCUCAAAUCAGAUUUCAUUCCCCAAACCAGCGUUACCACUGGUCAAACCGAAGAAAACGAAAUUCCUCGACAUCGUUGAGGAGACACCGAAGGAUGUGAGGAUCGGAGGUACGACUUACAAGGUAGCCAAGAAGACAAGCACGAAUCUUGCGCCGAAGAGUUUGAACAAAGCGCGUUUGACGAAGGAGAGUUGGAUGCAGGGAAGGACUGGUACGAAAUUGGGGAAUGGACGGCGGCCUGUUGGGAAGGGGUUCUUUGUGAAGUAGGCAAGAUGCUCGUGUGUUCAUAUUUUCUGGCGUUUUAGUAUGGAGUGGUAUCAUGUUGUAAUUGCUUGGGCGGUACAUAUUCUCGAUUGCUUGCCUUAAUGUUGUUCGGGUAUCUGGAGGCACAUCUGCAGUUUCAAUACCUUGAUGGUUAGCUAGUGAGCUACAUUGCUUUUACGAAUUUGCUAGGUUUUACGAAGGUUAUGUCUUGUCGAUAGAUGACUGGUACAUACUGAAUUCAAAUAGUGAGCCAAAUCCCUCAUACUACUGACUAUCUCUGAAUCCUUUGAGCUUGCUAUUGCCU